GGGGGGGUCCUGAAACGAUCUUAUCAUGUUAUAUUUAUCCUCUCAGUGCAGUAAAUGUUGUAUUUUAUCUGCAGAAACACACGUGAGGAUUUAUGUUUAAACUAAGUCUAAUAAAGUGUCAUGUUUUCUGUCACCUUCGCACACAUCCAGGCUGUCAGGGGGAAGGUGAGGAGGAUGAAGGCCGCCGACAGCAGCGUGAGCACCGCCCCGAAAACCUCCACCGCCCCGUUGCUCCUCCGUCCUCCAUCUGCCCCCAACACAAGCACAAAGCGGGGCAAACAACAGUCCUGCAGUCUAAAAUAACUGAAAUCCACCUCGGACUUUUAGCUAAAUCACUGUAAGAGUCGAUGCUACUAGCUUGUUCCACUGACCUGACGCGAUUUUCUUACCGCUUUCAGCAUCAAAUUCAUCCGCACAAAGAACUCCAACCCUGUUAAAACCGGGCAUUCUCCUGCAGAAAGCAGAAGCUCUUGGCCUCUAUGGCACCUGCAGGCAGCGCCAAGCGGAGCUCAGAGCUGCUGUUCUUGGAAGUCGGGCUGUUUUGAGAAAGCAGAAGUCAACAAAGUCCGACUCGGUGGAUGACUGUGCGUUGCCCGUCAGUCGUCCUUUCGCCAUGGCAGCAGCGAUGCCAGUGUGUUACCACGGCGCCCUCACCAGGAAGGAGUGCGAGGACCUGCUGGGAAAGAAGAACAAGGAUGGAGCUUACCUGAUCCGAGACAGCGAGACCAUCCAGGGAGCCAUGUGUCUCUGUGUCUACAAACAGAAGAUGGUUUACACCUACAGACUGCUUCAGACGCACACUGGACACUACACCCUGCUGACGGCCGGAGGUGUGGAGGAGACAUUCUUUAAGACUCUGGACGAUCUGAUCCGUCACUAUAAGAGGAAGAACCAGGGUUUGGCCAUCCAUCUGCGCCACUCGGUCAAAAGGAAGACGGCCUUGUUGAUUCAGCCCCGAAGUCCACCCCAACCAGAGUCUCAGAGGAAACCGAGUCGUCCAGCUGAAGAGGAAGAGCCCGACUACGAGAAUUGUCCGAGCUCCUCCGACUACGUUGAAGUUCUUCCUGAUCAACUCUGACAUUCGACAUCGAACACAUCAAGAACCAAAGACAUUUUAGAGGAUUAAAUAAACUCACAGACGGGAUCUCAAUCAGGACGAAGCUGUUUUUAUACAUCAUAUGGGCAGCACUCCCCGUCUUUUUGUAUUUCUUCCACUUUUUUCCCUGUUUUUGUAGUCGUCGGUCCAGAACUGAAUCAUUCCAACGGCUCAGAUGAACAUUCUCGACUUCCUAAUAGGGAAGUUCACAUUGACGAUCGUUGGAUGGAUUUUUCAAUAUUCAAACAUUCGUGUUCCCCUGAGGAUGAACUGUGAUAACUCUGGGGAUCCUUUUUUCUACCUUUGGAGCCAACAACACCUGCAAAACUGCUGGUAUUACUAUCAGCAUGUUGGUUUAUUUUAGAUAUUUAGGGGGAAGUACAUACAGCUGGAGGGUUUGAGCGUUUUGAGCGUCAAACACAUAAUUUCCCAUAUUCUGGAGACUUUUUAUGCACCAGUUUGUUCCUUUUCUGCUUCCGUUUAUGGUGAAAAUGGUUAUUAAAAUGGUUAUGUGAUUCAGAAUCUAUUAGAAUUUUCCAAAACAGACGCAGUGGUUACACGAGCUUGUAAUUGACAUUAUAAAGAAUGAAAAAAGGAUGCUAAUUGUUGUAAGAUUAAGAAGAUACAAGCAUUAAUCUUAAAUGAGUCGCAUAAUCAUGAUUGCAAGUUGUUUCUUUAUGUUACUGAGAGAACAAACAAGUCUAUUUGACUAUGUUGCUUACAGAAAUAAAGAUUUGUCUGAUUUUUAAAGUGGUUUUUGCUCCGCUGGAUGCAGUAAACCAACACUGACUUCAGGAAAGUCACUUUUCUUCUCCAAAAUUUCCGCCUGUGCUGAUUUAUUUUGAUUUAUUUCCACUGGUUGGAAAGAGCAGUUUCCAUUUACUUGCAAUAUCUGACAGUUUUUUGAUUUUGUUACCACUUUAAAUCAAAUCUUUUAGCGGAUUUAUUCACCUAAUGAGUGUUGAACUCCUAAUUGCUAUAUAAUGUGCUUUUUAUCAAACUGUAUUGUUGAUUUAAACCAAUUCAGUCAAGAAUAUUUGACUCUGCAAAGAAAUACUUUGAAUUUUGCUCCUGCAUCGACUCACGUGACGACUUUAGGACGAACAUGCAGCAAUAAUGACUCAGAAAAAUAUACAGUUUCGUGGUAAAAUGAGUUUUCACACAUAAGAUCAGUUAAAACUGUGCCACCAUGACAGAUAACGAUCAAGAGUCAGAUGUUUUUAUCUUCUUCUUUCACGUUCAGAGUCUUUUCUUGAAUUUUGUCUUCCUCUGCUGUUCUUCUUUUGACACCAACCUUUCCAGUAAAUCGUCAGAGCAGAGGUGAGCAUCAGAAACGCUGCUGGGAACUCAACCUUGAUGGCACGUGUUAAAUUCGGAGUGCAGUGAUGCUUCAGUUAAGUUAAAGAAGAGUGUUUCAUUUACAUGAUGACGACAGACGUGUGGCUUCUGUGUGCAUUUAGAACGAUGUUACUGCCUUUUCACCACAAGUUGCAGUAUAAUAGAUGACACAUUCUGUUCUUAUUUUUGUUGUUUAAAGCUCUUCUGCUGCUGCUUGUUGUGGCUUUAAAUCUACAGACUUGUUUGUUUUGUGCUCAGGGUCACUUUUAAACCAAAAAUAGGAUGUUUAAUAGAACUUCCUCCUCACUCAAUCGAAAUAUUCUCUAAAUAUGAACCUGUUUUUAAUUGCUUUUUCCAUUGUGUGUUUUCCUUUGACUGUUUUAUGUGAUUAAAGUUUCAAUCUUGCAGGUACAAGAACCCUGAA